AUGCCACCUCGUGGUAAACCGCAAGAAUUUCAAAUAACAGUGAGAAAUCAAGAGCACCUCUAUGAACUUAUAUCAGGCAAAAAACUUUCAAUUGUUGACCUUUAUCUAGCGUGAUGCGGCCCAUGCGAGCUUCUUACUUCUUCUUUUAGAUCAAUAGCUAUGAAAAUAGAUGAAUGGGACUCUCGCAUGCAGUUUCUCCUUGCAGACACAGAGAGGGUGCCAGAUUUCGCAAAUCACCAAGUUUCAUGCAAGCCAAGAUUUCUAUUCUUUUUAGGUCCAAAAUUAAUAGGUGAAGUAGAUGGAGCUGACGUGCCAAAAAUCUUGCAAAUGAUAAAUAGAUAUCUUCCACCUUUGGAAGCUGAUUAA